CAGUUUCGGGGCCGGGGCUGGGAGCUCCGGCUGGACUGCGGGCGCCGCGCGCCACCUGCGUUCCCGGCGGGGAGCGGGGACUGGGGUGUCGCAGCCGGGGGUUACUGAGGCGGCCGCUGGCGACCUCGGGGCCAGGGAGAGCCUUCUGGCUGGAAGGCAGGGCGGGUCUGGCAUGCCGGGAAAUACCGAGCAGAUGCGAUCGCCGUGUGCGCUAGCCACGUGCCGGCAGCCCAAGGUGGAGGCCAAGUACCUGGCCCAGAUCAUUGUGAUGGGCGUGCAGGUGGUGGGCAGGGCCUUUGCCCGGGCCCUGCAGCAGGAGUUUGCAGCCAGCCGGGCAGCAGCUGACGCCCGGGGGCGCGCGGGACACCAGUCUGCGGCCGCCUCCAACCUCUCCGGCCUCAGCCUCCAGGAGGCACAGCAGAUUCUCAACGUCUCUAAGCUGAGCCCUGAGGAGAUCCAGAAGAACUACGAACACCUAUUCAAGGUGAACGAUAAAUCCGUGGGUGGCUCCUUCUACCUGCAGUCAAAGGUGGUGCGAGCGAAGGAGCGCCUUGAGGAGGAACUCAGAAUCCAGGCCCAGGAGGACAGAGAGCGAGAGCAGCCGCCCAAAACGUGACCGCUCGGUGCCUCACACCCCACCCGCCCACCUCUAAUUUAUAGCUCGGUAAUAAAUGUCUUUUCUGCA